CAGGCUGUUUCAUGCUACGUUUGGGAAGAAGAACUCUACUUUAUUCAUAAGCCUUUCAUUUUUGUUGCAUCUUUAUUCUCUGUUUUACAUGGGUUGUCCAUUUGUUUCCUGGUUUUGACUUUAGUUUGCUGGAUUCGAUGUUAGAGGUUUUGAAAAUGCUGCAAAUUUAAUAUAAACCAUUGUUUUAAUAAUGAUGAUUAUAAUGACGUUUGCUUGCUUCUAAUUGUCAUAGGGCAGUAAAUAAUAACAAUAAUAAAAAGGAGUAAACACUGAAGACGACAAGUACACCGAAUAUCGCUGCUACUUAGUACCGAUUCACAAGAGUCCACUCUUCUCCGCCUCGGUCUGAGUAGGAGGAGGGUUUCCUCUUAAUUGAGCGCCAAAAAUGCCGUCUCCUCUCUUCCGCAGUACGCAGCAGCGAUUCUCAGUUCUCUUUAGGACCUGGGGGGAGCUUUGUGUUGGUGUCCCCCGUUCUCUGUGCAGGGUUGUAAAUUCCUUCUGUCAAGGCAGCCCAGCCGCGAUUGCAAUAGCAGCAGAAGCUUGGAAAACCCGCUGCUGCUCGAUCGCCUAGGGCUGCAGCGCCGGCAUCGGCUCCCAGUCCAAGUCCGCACUAUGGUGGACGGGCGGCGGCAGUGGCGGCAGCAACCGCAGAUGGUACGGUUCCUUCUCUCCGCCGCUUUUUCCGACCUUCCGUGUCUUUUUCCCGCCACCACGAGGCGAGACCUCGCCGGCUACAGCCCACCCCUCCGUGGUACCACCGUCUGUUGCUUCGGCUCCUCUUCCCUUCGCGCCCCAAACUCGCUGCUUUGAUUUCUGUCCAGGGCGUUUUAGGUAAGAGGCCAGCGGGGAGGCAGGGAGGCAGGCGGACUUGGAAAAACAGCCUCUUUCCGGAGGUCCUGCCGCCGUCCCAAAUUCGACGGAGACGCCUGAGGUCACCUUCCCCCCCCCUAUGCUGCUGCGUCGUCCGGAGGUGAGUCCCAGCAUAGAAUUGUGGCAUAGGGAGGGCAAGAUAAAGGCGACGAGGCACAGUCCGCCAGACGUCUCCAAACGCGGGGAAGGAGCUAUUUUAUCGCACGUUGGAGCGAUUUAUAAGUGGCGCAGGACCAAAAGCGAGGACGGAGGCGUGGCCGAGAGGUCGUUCCCGGGGUGGACUUUAGCCUGGGACUUGAAUGUCGUCGGAAGUGCGGCGGGAUAAAGCGCGAACUCGCCUUCCUUUCGACAGGGUUAGGGAGCUGCCCAUCUUCGAUUUGUAGCCCAGCGCCAGAUUUUCGGAGAAAGAGGCUGUCCUAGUUGGGCUUCGCCCUCGAUCUUUCGGGAUCGUCAUACCUGGGACUCUGCAUGCCAGGCACGUGCUCGCCCGUGGAGUUCCGGAUUCUCAGUCCCACCUGGCUUCUCCUCGCGUAAGAGCGACUGUGUGCUUCUGGACCUGAGCGCUCGUCCAGCCAGAGAAAGUUGCUUGCGCUUGUGGUCUUUCCUACGCACAAGACUUUGUUGCCGAGAUGCGCCAGUUCUGCAUUGCAUUGCUUAGAGAAAUAAUACAGGAGAUGCACCUUAGGAAAAUGGAUUAGUUUUUUUUUCUAUGUGAUGUUUAUCAGACGAAUGACAAUUCAUUGAGACAAUAGAGGAAAAGAAUCCAGGAUGGAUGGCUUAGUUAAGCAGAAAGAUGUGCUUAGAAAGCAUAAUAAGGCAAUUGACACCCAGAAGAAGAAUGGAUUGAUUAACACAAGAAACUUAAUGGCGGAAAACAGGGAGGGCUUGGUAUCUGUGUAUCCAACUGCUCAGUAUCAGGGUCGACCAGUUGGGACUCUCUAUCCCCCAAAUGACCCAAUACAACAGCUUCUUGACCCUAGUACUCUACCACAGACAGUAGAACCCCGCUAUCAUCCAAACAUCAUCCUCUAUUCAGAGAGCGUGCUACGAUCAUGGGGAGAAAGCCUGAGUGCAGAAUGCUGUGAAACAACCUUUAUUGAAAACAAGUCACCCACCAAAGGCUGCCUGGAUUAUCCUGAAGGCAAAUUUGUCAGUCUAUCCACAGAUGAGAUUAAGAUCCAGACCCUCUCCUAUGAUGUGGAAGAAGAAGAUGACGAAGACGAUGACUUCCAAGAACUAGAGAGUGAUUACUCAAGUGACACUGACAGUGAGGACCAUUUCCUUAUGAUGCCUCCCAGGGAUCACCUUGGACUUAGUGUGUUCUCCAUGCUCUGUUGUUUCUGGCCAUUGGGAAUAGCUGCUUUCUAUUUGUCACAUGAGACAAACAAAGCCAUUGCUAAAGGGGAUUUCCACCAAGCAAGCUCCAGUUCACGGAGAGCUCUCUUCUUGGCUGUGCUAUCCAUCACCAUUGGAACAGGCAUUUAUGUAGGAGUUGCUGUAGCACUCAUAGCAUAUCUGUCCAAAAACAACCACAUAUGAAAGUUGACAAAUUAGACUGCUACAGAAAGCUAUAGAGGAAUGAUAUUGUACCUUUCAAAUAUAAACAGUUUUGGAAGUGAGAAGGGCUGUCAUAAAUUUAUACAAUCUGAAUUCUGAAGAGAAAUGUUCUGGAUCUUUUUUACUUUUCUGAUUUAUUUUUAGUAUUGGCAAAACUGUUUUUGCAAGAAACCAAGAAAGCCAUGGACAUUUCCAAAUAUCAAAAUUUAGCUUCGGACUUUGUUUAUAAUUUGUUUCUGGUCUAAAUUAGACUCAACUCCAAAUUUGGGAUCAUCGGUCAAAAAGUAGGAGACAUCUAAAGGAACAAAACUAAAGGUGGAGAAUCUGAAAGUUGUUUUGCUAUUCCAGAAAGCUAAUUCUGGAUUUUGGAUGACUUAAGAACUAGUAACUGGCUUAGUGCUUAUCCAUAACUAAAAUACAAACAAAGCUGCAGAAUCAAUGUUAUGUAGGACUAGCAAGGGACCAUCAGUUCUUUUAUUCAAUCAUAAUCAGAAAAGGGCCACCCCUGAGCAAAAUGAAAUGCAGUAGCUGAGGUGGCAGAUUUUGCUAGUAUAAGGAACAGCAGAAUGGGAAAGUGAGGGUUCCAGUUAUAGUAUAAAGUUGUUACAUACUUUGCCUAAACUGCUCUGGAAUAUACAGAAGCUGUACAACACAUAAAACAGUGGUCUUGUACAACCCUGUUCUUUGCCUCAGUGUAGCUUACACAGAUAAUUUCUACAUGGAUUGUUCAUAAAUGAUUUCAUUGAACAUCUUUGAAGUCAAAGCAUCUUGUGCUGAUUGGCCCUACUCCUAUUCCGAAAAAGACUUGCUUGCAAAGCAUGCUAUUCUUUCUGGCAGCCACUCUUUUCCAGAGAGGAUUUUUUUUUUCAGCAAGUAAAUAUAAGAAGCCCACGCAUAAAUGUCAUGGCAAAGCAUGAAGUAUCUACCACUGAGACACCAGCCUACCGGCACAAAAAUGUUUUCUUAGCUUAUAGACUCACAACUGAGCAAAGCUGGAAUAUAUUGGAAUAUGUCUUUUGGUACAAAACUUGAAUAAGCAAUGGUCAUAUUGUAAAGAAUGUAUUUAAUAUUAAAAUUUGUCUAAAAAUCAUGAACCGCUAUAUAUCUCUUCUAAUGGUCUUUUGCUCUCUUGAAGCAAUCUUUUCAUGUGGCAUUUUACAGAA